UCACCUGGCAAAUCCCACGAGGGCGGUAUCUGGAUCAAGCCCCAAGUUCUAUCCUGUGUGCUCGGCUCCUAGCCACGGAAAUGUCGCCAUGGUGGAUGGGACCAAUCUCUCUACUUGUCGCUCGGCGCUCGAAGAUAAUUCGCCAGAAUACAGGCCAACGCUUAACUCGAUGUCAUUAUUGCUAUCCAACGUUCGACACUAAUGCCGAAUAAGCCCUAGACCCGACCGAUCGUUCAUCUCACCGCAUUGUGGAGCGGCCUCCAGAGCCAACCCCACCGACACGACGGGGCCGUCGUUCACGGCGUCGCUCUCGAUAAGGGCCGCUCUUUUGCUGCGGCACAAUAUGCGUCGUUGCGUGUGUCGUCGGCAUGGAUCCGUCACGGCCACAGGACAGCCAUGACGGCUCGCGUUUGGCCGUCUCAUCCCCCGACUGAUAAAUGAAUGGGACGCCCACCCCCAUCUUUUGAUGACAACGACCGACCGGGCCACCGCAUCCGAGCUUUCCUUCAAUCGUAGGAACCCUCCCUUGUAUUCAGCGCGCUUACGAUACCCACGCGUCGUGGCCUACAUAAUUCUCCAUCCGAUGUUUGCAAAUAGACCAGUUGGCUGGCCGUUCGAAACCCCUAUUAAUCUAGUCUGGACUGCGGUUCCCGUUCCCAUAAGCAGAUCUCGCCAAUUCGCGGACCGAACACGGGAAACCCAACCCACCGAAUUCAGUAGACGACGGUCGAGCGGCUCGCGAGGGAACCAAGGCUUUUCUGACGGCAGCCUAGCGGCAGUCGGUCAAUCCACUCGCGCGCGACCGGACGGGAAGCUAUUGCCAAUCGACAUGAGAAAAUCGCGACGAAGUAGUCCGAGCAAUCGCAGUCAACAGUCGGCACAUAACUCUGAUUCGUCGGGCAGAGGCUGCGCCAACAAUCGGCUGGGCAACGAAUCAAGACUGACCCGAAAGAGGGCCAGCAAGCCCAAGGUCCGGACAGGGUGUAUUAGUUGUAAGAGGAGACAUGUCAAAUGUGACGAAGGCAAACCCUCGUGCGCCGAAUGCGAACGCCUGGGGCUCAUGUGCGAGGGAUACGCUCCGCCAAAAACUAAGGCCCCAGCUCCCCGACCUGAACGGCUAUUGUUACCCAAGCCUUCCUUGACCGUGCGAUCCGACGCGGCGAGCACGACGCCACCCCGCUUAGAAGACUAUCGCCCACCAAUCUCGCCGACGCCCGGGUUCGGAUUCGAACUGGGCCAGGAGGACAAGUGGUACUUUACCCUGUUUAGGGACCAGAUAUGCCACGAGCUGUCACCACACUAUCGGUCCAACUUCUGGACGCGGACCUCGCUUCGCGACUGCAUGGUCAACAGAUGUAUCCACCAUAGCAUUCUUAGCAUAGGGGCGUAUGCUCGUGCACUCAUAGACCUCCGCGAAGGGUCCCCUACCCGCGAUAGGAUGCCUCGGACCUGGUGGCCGCCGUGGGUGCUGAAUAAACACCACCAGGCAGCCCUCACGCACCACGCCAAAGCCCUUUCGCACUUGCGGUCGAAUAUAAGACUAUACGGCAUAGACGGUCGUCUUACUAUGGCGGCGACUCUGCUAUUCAUUGUGUUCGAGAAUAUGCAAGGCAACUAUCACAGCUCCGGGAACCUAAUCCGUAGCGGCAUCAAGGUCCUGAGGGAUAUACGCAACAGAGGAAACGAUUCAAGAUCGAUAUUGCGCCACCAAUGGCAUCGAUAUCUAACCACCCCUCAAGACGAGGUUGACGAGAUUGCGAACAUCUUUGCGAGGUACAGCGUCACCUUUGCGCACGUCCCGUUUGCGCAUGGCAAGUUUGCGUACCACAUGCUCUUAACCGAAGACGACGACGACAGCGACGACGACGACGAUCUCGAAUAUACCAACCCGUUCACGCUCGCCGUCCCUCCAAAUCUCGAGCACGCCAAACAAACGUGGGACUAUCUUUCGGUGCAGCUCGCGAACUUUCAGAACAAGGCCGCCUGGCACAUCCUCAAUCCCGACUACGACUUCGACGAAGCGGCGGCGGUUCGAAAGCAAGAAAGGUAUCUAACAGUACUGCACGACUUGGGCUUAGGGCUUAAUGCCUUGUUUUUCAGCUCGGUAGAUGGUCGUGAGAGCCGGGGCAUCGAGUUGCUAAGACUGCAGCACGCCCUGGCCGUCAUAGCAGUUUCGUGCUGCCUGGACCCAACCGAAACGAUGUACGACGGAUUCCUACCGCAAUUCGAGGACGUGAUCCAGCGCUGUCGGCUCUUUAUGAAUUACGAUACAGACGUCCCUGCGAAAAUAGGGUUUGCGAGCGAAAUAGGAUUGCUGCCGUUGCUGGCCUUCGUGGGCGCGAGGUGCCGGACGGCGAGGAUUCGGUUAGAAGCUGUGGAACUGAUGAGAAGCUACCAGUGGCGAGAAGGAAGCUGGGAUAAUUCGAGCUUAGCGCGCGUCAUCACCGGCCUUAUGAAGCUCGAGGGGCAACUGGAGCUGCGAGAUUCUGGGGAUGCGGAUCGUCCCAAAGUGCGGUAUACGUGGUCGAACAUGUUUUGGGACUUUGAGAGGCAGCGGAUGCACGUUGAGUAUACCAAGAUGGUCCCCGAUUACCAAGGGGAAUUCGAGAAAGUGAGAUGCACGAUCGGAGGUGUCUGACCUCAUCCCUGCUGGCGCGGGCGCUCGAGAGAAUAUGACAAAGAACAGGCGAGGUCUUAUUUUUGCAUCCAUAUCUCCCUCUUGGCAUCUUCGUGGUGACAUUACGGCUUACCGUCGCGGUCCGAUGGCGCCAGCUUAGUGCACAACUGAGAUCGUGUCUCUUCUUCGUCGACCUGUGUGCGAGGGCUUUAAAAUAUCAAUCGACCGUCGAGGAACUGCCACCUGCCUUUUCUAACGUAAAGCGGCAUAUCAGUUUCUUCUCUGGGCCGGAAGAUUAGAUGAAGGGUGUGAACGAUGAUAGUAUCAGUGACCACGACGAGAAUGGAUAUUUACGAGUUACGGCUGACCCGAUAACUUAAACUACAGGAACGUCAAAAAAGAAAACACACUAUUCCUUCCUCCCAGAAAGUGACCGACGUUGGAGACCCCGCUAGCCCUCACUGGCCCGCUCAUUCAUCGACGUCCGCCCUCCCUCGCCGCCCUCAACGAGGCCAGCAGGCGCUCUACGCGCUCGUCCGUCUCCUCCUCUCCGGACCCGGCCUGUUGAGCAACGUCGUUCUGAAGCGCAUCCGCAGCCUCGCGCCAGCUGCUUCUCCCACUACCGCCGUCGCCAGGAUUAGGGUUGUAUCUGGUGCCGAAGCCGGUGAUACCGAGGCCGGGUUCCCGCCGCCAGUGCGGGUGCAGCGGCGACGGCGGCGUCGGCGUCGGCGGCAGUCGCUCCAGCUGGCGCGCAGCGUAUCGCGAAGG